AGGCAAUCGCUAGGGCAGGUAUAAUACUCGAUGAGCGCUUGGACCCUUCAGACCAAUAUGGCGGCGCCCGGUGGUACACUAAACUGUGAGGACUUUUCAAUGUUUCAGGAAGUCCUGAAAGCUAUGCGUACCCAAGAUGACCGGAUUGUCCAUACGCUCAACACCACCGUGCCCACUGCAUCUUUUUCUGGCAAAGUGGAUGCCGCCCAGACAUGCAAAGAUCUUUAUGAAUCUCUAAUAGAGGCCCAUACCAGCAGAGGCAAGGCCAUAAAGGGCUGCAUAGCAGAGACAUCAGCUGUGGUGGGAAGACUACGGGAAGAGAGGGUGAAGGACAGUGAUAACUUGUCACUCAUAAAGCAACUCAGGAAAGAGCAGACCAAGUUAAAACUGAUGCAAUCCGAACUGAAUGUUGAAGAAGUUGUCAAUGACCGAAGUAUGAAGGUUUUCAAUGAAAGGUGCCGGAUCCACUACACCCCUCCCAAGAUCCAGUGAAGAUGCCAAUCUCUGGUUGGAUGAGGGGAACUACUUGCAGGUCCAUACGUUUUGGCUGUGGACCAGAACUUGAGUCAAGCUGUGACACGAGCCUCAAAGACCUCUGACCUCUAGGCCGUCCACACCCCUCACCCCUCACUAACUGCCACCGCCGCCGGUUAUUGUUGUGGUGUCUCAGAGAUGCCUGGUCACCUGUAGUCAACCAACUCGGUUUCUUUUCUUACUCAGAAAAUGUACAGAAUGGAUUUUUUUAAACAAAGAAAUGUUUUCCAGUGGCAGUACGUUGUCUGUGGUUGAUUUGAAAAUGUGUGGGGUUUAAGAACAAGUACUUGUGCAUUGUUCAGUACAUAAAGCGGAACAUAUACAUUCUUUACACACGAAACACACCCUUAUUUACAGUCUCCCUUCUCGAUUCUCUGCUCCUCUCUGUUCGUCUCGUUUGAGCUACGUAACUGAGACCUUUCACAACCAUUCAUGCUGCUUCCUCUUCCGUUGUGGAUCUAAAGCCGGGCUGAUCCUGGAGGGUCUGAGUUGACAGGAACUUGAGCUUGACAUAUUAUCAAGCAGAAGCCGCUCACAGUGUGUUGUAACUGUGUUUUGCCACACCCUGAUGAAGACAUUUGAUUACAUUACAAUUGACUUGUAGAAAUCAGGAAUUACUUAAAUUAUGUCAAAUCUCAUCAGAAUGGUGGAUUAUUUGCGAUCCACACCUUCUAGGAUAAGAUAAAUGAGACCUGCAUAAAUUGAAAAUAUAUUUGUGUGUGUAUAUAUAUAUAUAUAUACACAUACACAAACUAAAUGAGGUGUGGAUUUCAUGUCCAUAAACUCAUCUGAAGAAGGGUUGGGUUUUCUAUCUGUUGUCACACCUCACCUCAAAAGACCUCACUGUCAUCUGGUCAAAGUUGACUUUUAUUGCCCACCAUAAAUAGAACUAUAGAAUGUAACCCUAUUUGAUUAUACCACAAAAUGAAUUCAUUUACAGCAAAAAGUGUUUUCACAGAUUUUUUAUAAACAUUGCUAGUGGCGGCAUAUCAAGCUUCUAAACGUUACACAAAUUAUCAGAAAGCUAACAUGUAAAGCAAUUUGUCAUGCUACUUAUGGAAACAAUAGAUGUGGGCCAGUACACACAUACACAUCUUAAUCAGCAAAACCUAAGACUGGAUAAAGAAAUGUAAUAAAUCCUUGGGAAACAUUAUCUAACUCAGCUACACAGAAGAAGUCCUUUAAUUGGUCCAGUGACUGCCUUAAACUCAUUGCCACUUUGAUCAUUCAUCCUUACAUGUUGUGUAAGUUUUAUUUUUCAUAACGUCCACUGUAAUAAAGUCUGGCACGUUUA